AUGGCUACCAAGGCAUUUCGAGGAAAGAAGAAAAAUACUAUUAAAGUAAUUCAUAGCUUGCUUAUCCGGACGAAUAUCGGUGUAGCUUUAUGCAUAUCAACUUUUAUCAGAGCGCAAAUGGCUACCGCGGCUCCACCUUUAGGACCAAUGUUGGGCCAGCGAGGGUUGAAUAUUGCUGCGUUUUGCAAACACUUCAACAACGAAACAAGCAACAUUCAACCAGGAGUGCCAUUGCCCACACGAAUUAAAGUUAAGGAAGAUCGGAGUUAUGACCUAGAAAUUUGUACGCCUACAUCAUCGUGGUUAAUAAAAAAGGCUGCAGGAAUAAGAAGAGGCGCGGAAACAUCGAGUGAGAUUGUUGGGAAGCUUUCCGUGAAACAUGUAUAUGAAAUAGCUAAAAUGAAGAGUCAGGACAAAGCUUUAGUAGGAGUUCCAUUAAAAGAUAUUUGCCAAAUGGUAGUUCGGACCUGUCAUUCUGUUGGUGUUCAAGUAGUGAAUGAAGAUAUAAAUCCGACGGAAUAUAAGACUUUUUUGGAGAAUAGGAAAAAAUAUUUAGACGAACGACUGCAAUUGUAUGCCGAUAAGAAGGCUGCUAAAGUGUUAAAAUCUGGUUAA